CACUAGCAUAUGGACUUGAGUGGUCUUUUGAGGGUUUCCAUCUGGAGUAGUCCAGCCGAAUCGAAAAAGGGAAGGAAUGAUGGUCCUGCUCAGACUACCUUUUCAACUUUUGCUGGGAUUUGGAUGGACGAGGAGGACACAGUUGACACCUGACUAGAUGGGGGACGCAACAGUGUUGAUGGUGCAGGGGUCUUUUUACGACUGACUUGACACGCGUGAUGUGCGGCAAUGGCGUGGUGUGACCGUGGGCUGCAGACGCUCCUGGCCGUCGCGGGUGCCUUCGCCGCCUUCAGCCUCAUGAGCAUCGCCAUCGGCACCGAUUACUGGCUCUACUCGCGGGCGUACAUAUGCAACGCCACCAAUGCCAGUGCAGAGGACAGCCACGCGCAAAGCAGGAAAGUCAAAGGCGACUUGACACACUCGGGGCUCUGGCGAAUCUGCUGCAUAGAAGGUACCAACAAAGGAAGCUGUUUUCGGAUCAAUCACUUCCCAGAGGAUAAUGACUAUGACACAGACAGCUCUGAGUACAUUCUGCGAAUUGUGCGAGCCUCCAGCCUUUUUCCCAUCCUCAGCACUAUCCUGCUAAUGCUCGGCGGCCUGUGUGUUGGCAUUGGACGAAUCUACAGCAGGAGGAACAACAUCCUGCUCAGUGCUGGUAUUCUCUUUGUGGCUGCAGGCCUGAGCAACAUCAUCGGCAUCAUUGUUUACAUCUCCAGUAAUGCCGGCGAUCCCAGCGACAAGAAAGAUGAGGACAAAAAGAACCAGUACAACUACGGCUGGUCCUUUUACUUUGGCGCCAUUUCAUUCUUCGUGGCAGAAUCUGUGGGGGUCCUCGCUGUCAACAUAUACAUUGAGAAAAACAAAGAGACGCGCUGCCGAGCCAGGCGUGACGUGAUCAAAUCCAUCGGCUCCACUUCGCCGUACUCGUGCAUCCCAAGCUACCACCGCAGACGGAGGCGCUCGCGUUCCAGCUCCAGGUCGUCGGAGCCUUCCCCAGGAGGGGGAAAGAGGGAGGGAGGAUUGGUCAGAGAGUUGAGCUUGCAGGUGGAAGACAUAUCCUUGUACAAUUUGCGCAGGGAUCCUCUGACGGGGGGUGCGCCCUACAGUCCUGAGUGCGACUCUGGCUUCUUACAGGUCCACAAGUGCUUCCAGAAAGAUGUGAAAGACAGCGGCAACAGGAGGACCACGCCUGUAUGAGUACUCUGCUUGGACUAUACAAUACGCUCUGUAGGAACAUAGUACAUACAGGUCUAUUAGGGGUUGAAUGAUGAGAGCUUUUUUUGUGAUCGACGUUACUAUGAUGAAAGUUGCUUCAAAGUCAAUUAAUCAAUGAUGUUGUCGCUAGAUCUUCAGCACAGUGCAGCCAUCCCCAGCCAUUUUUUUUGCGUGAAGAUAUGACUUGAUGGAAACAAAUAAAAACAACCGAUUCAAAAUACAUCUCACCAUUACUCUGAAUAGAGUGUAAUGAGUGGAGGCCAGUAGGUUGCUCUUCAUAAUGUGUUUUGUAGCGUAGUGUGUUGUGAUGACAAUAAUCACAGCUACUGCCUGCCCUUCUCAGCCCCCAAAAAUCGAGCUUUUCUCUGUUUCACUGUUUCUAUCUCGCUUUUUCUUUUAUUAUAUUUAAGGACAAACUUGCAUAUUUUGGAAAUGUUCAUGCUAUUUGUCUCAUUUUUGGUAAAAUAGUUCCACACGCUUGAAGCAUAUGCUGGAAAUUUGACACGGGUAUCAGUGUCAGGAUGGCAAUGUUUUCCUUUCAGUGUCGUAAAACAGAGUGUCAUGAUGUUGGUGUGUAUUGUAUCAUACAAGAAUACAGAAUAAAAUUGUUAUGAGCGUGCAGUUUUUAUCCACCCUUUAUUAGACUUAAAAAUUUAGUGAGCACUUUGCCCUGUUGUUCCCAUUUCUUGCUGCCAGUGUGAAUAUUUUAACACUAGCAGCAUUCAGAAUAGCCAAAGUUAGUGAGGGUGAGUGCUUUUGUCAUCUACAAUGUAUGUAUAAAUACAUACUAUUUUGCAGUAUACGUACUGUAUUGCUGCUCCACAGUUUUCUGAGGUCUGUCGAUGGGGGAGGCCGAAAGGAAAUUUGGAAAUUUUCUGAUUGGAAGAUGAGAUGCCAGAAAUGUGAUUAGGGAUUAGUUGACUUCAAGCUUUAGCUUUACACGCCAGUGCGCAGUAAUGAAGUUGACUAAUCGACAUAUCUGUUCAACCUCUAAUAUAUUUUGUACAAGAUGUGUAGGAGUAGCCUAUCUUGUUCAAGGUGUAUCUUCAAGCUUGGCAUACACCAUUAACCCGUCCAUUUUCCAAAGCGCUUAUCCUCAUGAAGGCCUCACAUAAGAUGAUUUGCUUCUUUCAUUUAUGCCUUACAUUGAGACAGAAAACCAAACUGUUCAUUUUGGGAUUUUUGCCAC